AUGUCAAUAGUCCAAAACUACGAUACCUGGGGAAGCAAUGCGACAUUCUCAUUCGACUCAAAGACUGCCGCCAUGAUAUCACCUUCCGUUCCUCUAGACGGAUGUAUAAAGAAAAAGGUCUCGUACCAUCACAAUGCAGAAGCUGAGAACCAUCAUUUCGGAACCGCCCAUCCUAUGAAGCCAUGGAGAUUGACUUUGACAAAUCAACUUGUUCUCGGAUAUGGGCUACAAAAAUACAUGGACAAUUACUCCACCCGUCCAGCGGCGGAAGACGAACUGCGGGAGUUUCAUGGUUCUGAUUAUCUCGAUUUUCUCAAACGCGUCACCCCCGAAAACACAGAGAAGUUCUCAGCAGACCUAGCAAAGUUCAAUAUCGGCGAUGACUGCCCGAUAUUCGACGGGAUCUGGGACUACUGCACACUCUACGCAGGCGCAUCCCUAGACGCCGCAAAGAAGCUCAUAAACGGGCAGUCAGACAUUGCCAUAAACUGGUCCGGAGGUCUCCACCAUGCCAAAAAGUCCGAAGCGUCAGGGUUCUGCUACGUCAACGAUAUCGUGCUAGCAAUUCUUCAGCUUCUACGUGUUCAUCCUAGAGUCCUAUAUAUCGACAUAGAUGUGCACCACGGCGAUGGUGUCGAGCAGGCGUUUUUCUCGACGGACAGGGUCAUGACGCUCUCGUUUCACAAAUAUGAUAAGGAUAACUUUUUCCCGGGCACUGGGAAUUGGGACGAUGUGGGCGGUGGGCCUGGCAAGCAUUACGCCCUGAAUGUGCCGUUGAAGGAUGGGAUUGACGACGAUUCCUACAUCCGGCUUUUCAAAGGAAUCGUUGGCCCAGUGGUCGACACCUACCGCCCGAGCAGUAUAGUGCUACAAUGUGGAGCGGACUCACUAGGGUGCGACAGGCUGGGCUGUUUCAAUCUCAAUAUUAAGGCCCACGGAGCAUGCGUGGACUUUGUGAAGAAACUUGAUCUGCCAUUACUAGUUCUGGGUGGUGGUGGUUAUACGCCGAGGAAUGUUUCAAGGCUCUGGACAUACGAGACCGCAAUAUGCCUAGAUGUUUCUGUGGAUGACGAGCUCCCUGCGCGGACGCCAUACAGGGAAUACUUUGGGCCAGAUUACAAGCUCCACCCAUCGCUCAGCAAGGAGGGUAGGUACGAGAACAAAAACACAAAGAAGUAUCUCGAGAGCAUGAAGAUCAAGAUACUGGAUCAGCUGCGGUAUAUACAGCACGCGCCGAGCGUGCAGCUACAAGAGAUACCACCGGAUCUGGAUAAUGUUCGCAGUGAUCUUAUUAAACAAGAGGAGAGAUAA